AAAGAGGAAAUACGUCAUAUGGUUCGCCUCUUUUUCGUCUUUAAAUAAUUUUUAAAAUAAUGCUAUAUCUAUCGAAUGGGACGUGAUCGCUUACUGAUAUUCAUGAAGAUUUCUUUGUUUCGAAGAUAUUUAUAUUAAUUAGUAUUCAUAACGGACAAAAUUAUUAAUUUUAUAUAAUGUUACGUCACGUUUUCAUUCGAACGGUCGGCCAUUAGUAUUACGUCAUUGGCGGUUAGGAACACGUGAAAGGCGAAUCGAAGUCGUGCAGUUUGCAGCCCAUCCAAAGAAUAAUUUUUACUCAAACAAGUUUUUGGUCCAAGAAACUUAUUUAUAAACAAUCAUGGCCGGGUUAGGAAGACGACUUAUCCCUCUUUUGGAUCGCAUCCUAGUCGAAAGAUUUAUACCGGAAUCUAGGACCAAAGGAGGGAUUAUGAUUCCGGAGAAAGCACAGGCUAAGGUACAAAGUGCGACUGUAGUAGCUGUUGGACCAGGAGCCAGAACAGAGAGAGGAGAUUUAGUUCCACCCAGUGUCAAAGAAGGUGAUAGGGUUCUUUUACCUGAAUAUGGAGGCACCAAAAUUGAAAUAGAUGAUAAGGAAUAUUACAUCUUCAGAGACAGUGACAUUCUAGGUAAAUGGACAAAUUAAAGAGUUGAAGGAUAGUGUGAGAAGACUCAUUAUGAAAAUGGAAGAUUAGAAUUAUUUUCUUUUGUCAUAAAAAAAAAUUUGUAUUUUGAUUUUGAAAUACAAAAUUUUGUUCAUUUAUCACUUUUCUUUUCGAUUUGUAAUAGACAUUUAGUAAUAUUUUUAUUACAUAUGAUUCAUGUUCAUACUAGUAUAUGUAAAGGAGGAUAGUGCAGAUGUGGAAAAUAAACAUUCAGAAUUUAUAAA